GAGAGGGCGCCACCGGGUGGAGGCGGGGCGGCCGGCCUAGCAGACGCCUCGAGCAGACGUCAAACCAAAACGAAACAGCUGCUUAUUUUCCGAGUCCUGCUUCGCGGUCGAGUUCUGCUCUAAUCAGCAAGUUGUUUCCUGCCGUGUCGUACCCAGGCAUGUGUUGUGUCGGGGAAAGAGUGUACACGACGGCAUGCAUUUUGUCUGCUAGUACUUGACGUUUCGACGUGCCUACGACUCCAAGUUUUGACAAUGGAUUUAUUUUCGGACGAACCGGUGGGCGAAGAUAAGAUCUAGUUGUUGUUGACGAACUUUCAACAUGUUUUUGCCACCACCACUUGGGUUCCAUUCUACAGAAAUGGGUGAUGUGAGAGGAACUUUGUAUUCAAAAGAAGAUAGAAAGUUGCUUGACUUAGGCGACAGUCAAAGCAACCAAAAGGAGAAAGUUCCAAAGAAGAAGACACAAAGGAGCCAUUCUUUGGAUAAAAUCAAUAAGGACUCAACUGGGAGGGGAUCAUCUGGGGAUGCUGCUUUUCCCUCUCAUGAGUAUGGAGAGGAGGCUUAUGGAGAUGGAGACUAUCUAAUGAAUGGGUAUCAUGACACAAUGGGUAUGACUGUGACAUCAGGUGUGGUGACUCUUGCUAAGGAAAACAAUUUUGUUGGCAUUAGUAUUGGAGGGGGUGCACCUCUCUGCCCAUGCCUCUAUAUAGCACAGGUAUUUGAUAACACUCCAGCUUCUCGAGAUGGCACAUUACAAAGUGGAGAUGAAAUUAUUGGCGUGAAUGGAACCUCGUGCAAAGGCAAGACAAAAGUGCAGGCUGCAAAAAUGAUUCAAGCCAGUAAGGAGGCUGUCAGUAUUACUUUUAACAAACUUCAUGCUGAUCCCUCUCUGGGAAAAUCUCUUGAUAUUGUUCUAAAAAAAGCAAAGCACAGACUUGUUGAAAAAAUGAGUGCUACAACAGCUGAUGCCCUAGGGCUGUCACGAGCCAUUCUUUGUAAUGAUGCUCUUGUCCGCAAACUUGAUGAGCUGAAGGCCAUUGAAACAGAAUAUAGAGGAAUGGUGGAACAUGCAAAGCGUGUUCUUAAAGCAUAUUUUGAGCUCCUACAAGUCUACAAAGCUUUUGGGUGUACUUUUGCUGAAAUCGGAGCUAGAGAACCCCAACCCCGGGCAAGUGAAACUUUUACUCAAUUUGCAAACUACCAUCGCAGUCUGGAGAAACACGGAAUUAAGAUGUUGAGGACUAUAAAACCUAUACUUUCUGAUCUUGGCACAUAUCUGUACAAAGCAAUACCUGACACCCAACUGACUAUCAGAAAAUAUGCCGAUGCCAAAUUUGAAUAUUUAAGUUAUUGUUUGAAAGUCAAAGAAAUGGAUGAUGAAGAAAAAGCUUUCAAUGAAGUUAAAGAACCACUCUAUCGAGUGGAAACAGGAAACUAUGAAUACAGGCUGAUCCUAAGAUGCAGACAAGAUGCAAGAGCGAAGUUUGCCCGAUUGCGAGCAGAUGUUCUGGUGAAGUUAGAACUUCUUGACAACAAACAUGUGCAAGAUAUAUCAGCACAGCUGGAAAAGUUUGUUGGGGCUUUAGCAGCAUUUCAUUCAUCAGCUCUCGAAACACUAGAUCCUCCAGAUACCCGUCCUUUAUUUCCCAUUGAAAUGGACUUGUCUAGAUCAGCAUUUCAGUACAAGAGCACCACACCAUUACAAAACGAUGGGCAAGAUGAAGAUGAUGAUGAGCUUCUCACAGCACAAGAAGCAAAAGAAGAUAUAAAGGAGGAGCUGCCUUCACUACUUCUGCCUGACCUUUGAGCAAAGGGCAACCAAAGAUAACAUUUCUACCAUUACCUGAAAGCGAAACUUACUGUUGUGAUGACACUCUUGACUAGUCAAAACAAAAACUAGAGCAUUUAAAAUAUGAAAGUAUUAUGUUUGUUAAAAAACAAAAACAAGUUGUUUUUGAAAAAAGAAAUUAAGCUUACAGUAUAUUGUAAUAGAAACUACAUUUCAGGAAAAAAAAUUCUGUAGUUCUUGUAUUUUUGUUACAUAGCAGUUCUACCUGCUAUAUUUUAUAAUUAUUAACUAGAGAACUGCCCUGUACUGUCUGGACAGAUCGAUUCUCUCUCAGUAGUAUUAGAUCUGACGCAUAUUUUCUAAUUUCAUCUAGAACAACUACCAGGUAUGACCAAAGAAAACUCCUACCAACUUAUUUGCAUGAUUUCACUGUGGUGUAGGGUAUGCAUUCGUAUUGAAGGGUUAGCUGCUCGCUCGGAGCCGUUAGGCGCGCCAUGGUCAAAGACAAGCCGAUAGGAAAGGCCACCCGCAUGUCUGCAUGCGGUUCAGUGCUGCAGAUGUCAGGUCCUACAGGCGCUACUCUGCCUCGGACGACCAUGAUCCAAGAUGCAAAUAUUUUCUGAUUUUGUGAACGGCCGUAGAGUGUGAGCGCGAGCCAUGCCGGAGCAAGAGCAAGGUGCCUCACCCCCGCUCAUGAGAGCCCCUGCGACACACUGGGUAGGCCCGCCCGCCGAGCAGCUGUGUGCAGAUGGUGGCCCGCCCUGAACAGCGCCCCGGUCCCCGGUGGAGGCGGAAGCAGGAGCUCCGGUUGGUUCCGCUCAGGGAACGUACAUCGUAUCGUGGGUGCAUCUUGAAAGUUCGAACAAAGUCGGGGUUUUCCAGCCACCCAUCAUGAUAAUCUCUAUUGACUUCUAGUCAAACAAAUCAAAGAUUCUAUUAGUUUUAAGUCUGCUUCUGUGCUGUUUUUCAACUAGAGUUGGCAUUUCUUGUCAUAUACAGUAUUUGAGUUUUGUGUGAGAAUGUGGACGGUACAAGCGUUGACUGAUUGGUCGAUCAGUUUCCAAUAAAGCAUUCCUAAUAUCGAUUACUACAUGA